CUAUGGUGAUUGUUUAGUGAUUGUCAUCUGGACUGUGACGUAUAACGUUCUUGUAAGUAUUACUAUGCUCUGUGACCUGUGUACCUCUGUGAAUUUGCGGCUUGUUUUCUUAUUUUAUACCGCAUUUGCCUUUGUUCAUAGGUCUCCGUAGGAAAAGCACUUUUCUUUUUAUAGUAUAUACACGCUACCAUAGCAACUACCUACAGAAAAUAAACAAAAAAUGAAAAAGAAGUCAAUAACAUUAGACGUUGAUCCUAGUAUAAUGGAGAAUAAUAUGAGAAUAGUUAAGGAAAAUCUUAUAGAGGAAGAGUUCAAACAAAUGUUAGCAGAAGCUGUACCAACACAGAUUGUUAAACCAAGGCCAGGAUUUUGUGUCAAAACUUUCACUAAACCAGACAACAAAAAAGUUUUUGUGAAUAUUUGUUUAACUGAAGCUAUACCAUGUCCACGUGAUAUCACUAAUGAGGAAUUGAUGCAAAUUUUAAAUUCUGAUGAUCCCUCAAGCUACAGAGUGCCUAUGAGCAUUGGUGAAGGAAGAACGGAACAGGACAAAGCUGGUGCCCCAGUCACUGUAUAUGAUGUUGCAGUUAAUCCAGACUUUUUCUCUAAAGUCGAGAAAUGUGAUCUCUUUCAAACAUUCUUUUUGACAGUAGUUUUUGAAGGUUUACAAGAUAAAUAUCAGUUCGAAUUAGACAUGCAAAAGUUCACGAUACUGAAGAAUAGGAAAGCUAUAGGAACUUUACAAUCUCAUAGAAUACAAAUUAGAGAUGUUAAAAAAUGUGAGGAGAAAACUAAGCCGUUAAUUGAAGAGGUACAGAAGCCACUGCCUAAGAAGGUUGAGGUUCCAGUUCCUAAGAAACAGCAGAUUAUUUAUAGACUCAGACGAGAACCACCUACUGGAGAAAUCAAGUAUUUGUUAGCUGAGUUUAUGAUUCCAGCUUCAAUAGAAUUAAAAGAUUUAAAUCUAGAAAUUGGGGAAGAUAGAUUAGUGUUGGACUCUAAAGGUGUUUACGAGAUUGUUGACAUUUUCUUGCCGUGCAGUGUCGAUCAAGACGUUGUUGACGCCGAGUUGAAUAGGAAUAAAAAUAUGCUGUAUGUAAAAAUGCCGAUUAUUCAUUAAAGAUUAAAGGAAUGUACAUUUUAAUAAAUUAAAGACAAACUA